GUGUGUGUGUGUGUGUGUGAGUGACCACUAUAAGAACAGCCCGCCGCAGGGUUAAGCCAGACAACCUCUCAUAGUGGUGGCAAUAUAGUUCAGUUCUCUGUCCGGCUCUCUGUAUCUCUCUCUCCGUGUCUCUCAGUCAUUAAUUCACUUCUCAGUCUGUGGGAAGGAGCAGAGUAAAAACUGUCCAGCAUUACUGACCGCUUCCUUGCGAGUCCUUGUGUUUGAGAAAGGCUAGGUCUAUUUUAAAAAUUCCAUAUUACUUUAUCGCCGGAAAUAAUAAUUUUUUAUUAUUGAUGCCAGUUGACUGCGGAGCGGAAUUUUAUUAUUUCGUGUCAUGAUGGGUGUGCGAGACGAUGUCCCACUUCGGCCACAGGAUGGACAAUCCAUUCACAAAUACAAGAAACUGUACAUUCUGACUUGGAUUUGUGUCAUUGUUACCUCGCUUCUCGUGUCGUCUGCUGCCGUUGUUGUCAUUGUUCAGACUGGGCGUGCGGACAGGGCUGACGUACUGACCGCUAUAGACCAGGUGGCCACCAACAUACCAGGCCAGUUGUCUGCCGUGCAGGAAAAGUUCGACAACCUGGAAGAGAAAGUGUCUAAGGUGGAAGAUGUCGUCACAGCGCGAAACAAGCUUAAGCUCUGUUCCCACGGCAAAGGCUGUGAGCUGACCAUUAGGCUUGAAGCAAUGACCCACUGUUACAAAUUGAUCGAAGAGAGAACUACGUGGGCAGACGCGAGGAAGAAAUGUGUAUCUCUCGGUGGCUUCCUGGCCGAGAUCCACAACCACGUCUCCCUGGAAUACGUGAAACGGGUUGUUGACCCUGGCAAGGUAAGGCUCUGGCUCGGCGCCUCUGACCAAGGCAACGAGGGCACCUGGACGUGGGUCACUUCCAACAAACGUCUGUCCGUGGAAGACUGGAACACGACCGAGCCGAACAACAAGAGGAAAGAAGAGCACUGCCUGGAGAUGGACCAAAGACGUGGGGACAAAGCAUGGAACGACCAGUCGUGUGAUGACAAGCUGGCAUAUAUCUGUCAGAGAGACGGGGACAACUGUGAAGGCUUGCUGGAACAAGAGUAAAA